CAACUGUCAAUAUCGUCGCUGGCUUUUUCGGUUUAUUUUUUGUUAUUCUUAAACUAUUUAUUAUUCGAGAUUGUUCAUAAAUGAUUCAUUAGCUCUUUUAUUAAUAUUUCCUAUUGGCAUCGUAUACCUUGGGUUAAAGAACGAGUUUAAUUAACCUUUUACGAUUUGCCACAGUAUGAAUUUCGAUAUUUGUAAUGUUUCUGAUGAAUUUGAGCCCAGAAUUACUCCUAGACCUGCUCCUAGGUUUGACUGUGUAACCACCCCAUCAGUACCAGAGGUAUCUCUUGUCUUUGAAAAACCUGCUGAAAAUGCAUUCACCCUUUCUGAAAGUGACACACCACGAUCGCCAAAUAUAGAUAAAUAUGAAUCUUAUGCUGCUUGGAAACAGAAAAAGUAUACUGAUACAUAUAAUUCGGGAAGAAUAGAGCAUAGUCGGAGCCAAAGCCAAGCAAAUCACUUACACAAAACAGUUCUGACUAAUGAAUCUUUAAAGCAUAGUCACUCUGAUCCUAGCCUUAGCAGCAGAAUUGCUGCUGCGCAGAAUUUUAACAAGUCUGGAGAUUUACAUACAAUACAAGAAGUCAAAAAAAUAUCACCGAUUGUUCAUCAGAGACAGAAGGGUUUUUCAAGUAACCCUUGUCCAGACACUGGUUACCAGCCUUAUCAGUAUGAAGUUCAUGGUGUUUUGGGAACUCCUACAGAUGCUAGAAGCUUACAACAAACUAUAAAACGAUCUGAAGAUCCUUAUGACAGACAUCAUUAUCACAGUGUCCCCAGGCAUUCAAAUCGUAAUUCUUAUGGUGAUUCAUAUAGACAGAAAUAUCCUAGAAGUGAGAAUCCAUCCAGUUUUCAUUCUAUCCCACAUACUCCAUACAGACCUAGCCAGCAAGGCAGUUGUAGUCCUAAGAUUUCUGGACAUGAGUACCAAAAUGGAAUUUAUGCUAGACAUGCAUAUCCUCCCUAUUUUGAUCCUGAGCAUCUUUAUCCUUUUCCAAUACCUUAUCCACCAGGAUACCAGUCGCCAAAGCCUGAAAAUGAAGAUACCGUGAAGAACCUUCUUCAAUUGGUGAACAAUCAAAGUGAACAAAUAAAGUCACUGCAGUCCCAGGUGGAACGAUUACUCAAAAUCCAAGAGAAGAACAUGAAGGAACGUGGCAAGUGUUCCUGUUUGCAUGAGAGUUCUCGUCAAAGCUCCCAGGUGUGCGUUCGUUCCUAUGACGAAGCUGUUGCUGUGAAUAACUCUUCUAAUGCCAUUCAGAGCCCUAAGGAGCGAGAGAGACCUUCGCGCACCAUUGAGAGAAACUUGGUUCAAAGCACAUCAAAAAUACAGGAAAUUGAGAGCACACCUUUAGAUGGCGAUGAUGCUGCGAAGAAUGGUCAAGACCCCAGGAAUGCCAUUCUGGAACAGAAGGUGUCUAUCGGUGUGAUGACCAGUUUUGAGUUUACUGUACAAAAUAGCCCUUUUGAGCAAAUCGAGCACGACGCUUAUCGACCCAAUGGAAACUUAUCAAAUGAUAUUCUUCGUAAGUCAUCAAGUAGUACAGCUGAAGUCCUUAGGAAGAGCCAGAAUAAUUUCUCCAGAAGCAAUGCGCCUCUGGAGAACAUCAUUGAGGACUCUGAGAGUCAUUUAUCUUCUAGUCGACAACCUAGUAGCAAUUUUCAUAUCACACCAUCCACAGACGACUCCCCGGAAAAGCAUAAUCAAUUGGAUAGUAUCAGACAAGAUUUUUUACGAGGAAAUGAUGCAUAUAGAAGAGAAGUGGAAAAGCAGCAUCAUUUGGAAAAUCAAUCUCAAAGAGCUUUACAUGGUCUCAAGGAAGAGUUAAAGAGACGUGAGAUCCUAGGGAAGAGUCCUGAACCUGGCAAAGAUUUUAGAAACGACUCCAGAAAUCAAAGUCCAUACAAUCAUCCCUCAGAACCUUCUAGGGAAAAUGUUAUACCUGAACAUGAUAGAAUUACACAAAAUCCACAAUUUCAGAGCAGAUCUCCUUUGACAGUCAAUCACGUCGCACCUGUAGAGAAUGAGAAGAAAAAAAUUCCUGGUGAAGAGAGUUUAGUAUUAUCGAGUGGAGAAUUAGAGGUUCGAGAAAGACCUCCGCCGAGUCCAGAACCCAGUAUUCACGUCGAAAUGCAAGAAUAUUCCAGCGACGAGGAAAGCGAAAAGGAGCCUAAACGAACUCCUAAAGUCGGGUGGACCUUCUACAAUAAUGUCCUGGGUCAAGUGAAUCAGAUACUGCAAAAUUCUCCUGUAGCAGAGAUUCCUGAUCAGAAAGAAUCUAAGAAAUCUAAAAGAACAGAAGAGAAUAAAGUACUAAUGGAUAGCAUAAAGGUAGCAACCAUGGAGCAGCUUCGAAAACUUGGAAUAAGCUUUGUGGACAAUUCUGAUUUGCAGGAAGUGCCAGAAAAUAAAAAGGUGACUUUUGACUCUUCUUAUUAUCCUCGACUGGACUACCGUGCCAAUCUCGCGCAAGCAACUAGCGCAAUUUCAGAAACAGAUACAAGUAUGCAGAUGAAGGCACUGGCUCUAAAGUAUCUUAGUGAUGAACAAUUAGCUGACCUGGCUCUGCAAAAGCAAGCACCUGGUACACUAAAACAUCUGUUACUUAGUAAUGUUCAGGGUACCAAUAUGUCUUUUGCUACAAUGAGAUACCUGGAACGAUAUCAACUUCUUCAAGGAAAAAAUGGUGAUACAGGGAAAGAAAACGUAGAGGUUCCACAGGAACCUCGGUAUAAUACACCAUCCAGGAGUCCAAAGCCUAGAAGAUAUCCACCACUAACUCAAACCCCUAGAACUAGUUAUCCUAGUAAAAUUUUGGAUAUCUCUACACUUAAGCAGCAACCGAAAUUGUUAUAGAUAGAUUCCAGGAGACAUCCUAAAGAUAUACAUUUUCAUCUUCGUAAGUACUAUAAAGACCCUAUUAAUUAGUUCCUAUAUUUUCAUAAUUUUGUAACAAUAACGAAGACUGUGCAUAUAAUAAAACAGAAAUUUACUAAAAAGAA